UAUAACUCAGACAGCAUUCACACACACACCCAGCCAGAGGCAGGGAGAGUUACAGAGACGCUCCCACACACUCAGCUCUGCUAAACAUGGGCCAGUUCUUCAGCUGGAUCCGCAGCACGCAGGACCAUCCAGACCUGCAGGACGCCACCGUUGAGCAACAGUCUCAGCAGGUCACACCCACCUCAGAGGCAAAGAUUUCUACAGCUAAACCUGCACAACAUGAGAAAGGAUCCAUGAAAUCCACCACAGCAGCCGCGGCUGUUAAACCCGGCACCACCCCUGCAUCCCCAGCAGCUCCGUCAACUGCAUCAACUGCAGGAGCUGUGGGUGGUGGAGGGGCUGCUGGUACUGCAGCGACUAAAAAAGGACCUCCUCAGGUCACACAACAGGCCACAGUCUCUAAACCCACACCACUCUCGAUGGCCAAAGACCUACCUGUGAGUUCUGGAACUGGAUCUUCUGGCACAACUGGUGGAGUGGUGAAGCCAUCCACAGUCAUUGUGAAGCCCAAAGACCCUGCACAAGAAAAGGCCCAGAGUACAACUAUUCCUUCAACCAAACUGGGACCUGCAAAGGUGGAUCCAGUUGUCGGAAAGCCCUUAGCCAUGGCUGGUUUACCUGGAAGUGAUGUCCAAAAGGCGACAAGUGCCCAAAAGGUGCAAGUGGAAGUGGGCCAAGCAGCUAAAGUCAGUACAGAGGCUGGAGAUCCAUUUGAUGCCUUGGCUGGGACGUUACCAUCAUCAAAACCUGUGGCUCCUAAAGUCCCAGAAUACAAAGGACCAGAAGUCAAAGAGCCUAGUGUAAAACCAGAGAAGGGUGUUUUGUGUGGUGAGAGAGAUGACACUCUGCCGCCAGGAUACAGACGGGAAGAUCUGGAAAAGAAAACACCUGCUGGAGUUCCUGAGAAGCCUAAAAAUGUUCCCAAGCCCUCACUGGACACAGAUGAAGCACUGGACAUUCUCUCUGGAGGUUUCGUGGCUCCUGCUGUAGCACCUGUUGUAAAAGCCCCCGGUCCUCCUCAACAGGAAAAGAUGAAACCUACUGCAGUUCCUGAGAAGUCUAAAGAUGUUCCCAAGCCCUCACUGGACACAGAUGAAGCACUGGACAUUCUCUCUGGAGGUUUCGUGGCUCCCGCUGUAGCACCUGUUGUAAAAGCCCCCGGUCCUCCUCAACAGGAAAAGAUGAAACCUACUGCAGUUCCUGAAAAGUCUAAAGAUGUUCCCAAGGAAAAGACAAAACCUUCUGGAUUUCCUGAGAAGUCUAAAGAUCUUCCCAAGCCUAUAAGCACAGAUGAUGCACUGGACUCGCUCUCGGUUGGGUUUGUGUCUUCAGCUCCGAGUGCUCCUAAGAAAACAGAGUUGAAACAACAGGUGACAUCUCAACCUGCUAAUGUAACCAAAUCACCUGCUCCACCAGCUGACAACAAAGCCAAGAUGGAGAAGCUGGACAGUUCCAUGCCGUUGGACGCUCUAAGCUCUUUGGGAGACACACUGGGCGCUCCAGAACCACCAAAGAAACUACCUGAACUCAAACCUGGUGACAUAGUUGAUGAGAAAAAAAUUAAAUCAGAAAAGGGUGUGCGUGUUGGGGAGAGAGAGGACACACUCCCACCAGAUUACAGAUUCUCAGAGAAAGAGCUCCAAAAACUUCCCCCUGUUCCAAAAGAGCCCUCACUGGACACAGAUGAAGCACUGGACAUUCUCUCUGGAGGUUUUGUGGCUCCUGCUGUAGCACCUGUUGUAAAAGCCCCCGGUCCUCCUCAACAGGAAAAGAUGAAACCUACUGCAGUUCCUGAGAAGUCUAAAGAUGUUCCCAAGCCUAUAAGCACAGAUGAUGCACUGGACUCGCUCUCGGUUGGGUUUGUGUCUUCAGCUCCGAGUGCUCCUAAGAAAACAGAGUUGAAAACUGAAACUAUUGGAGCAGUGGAUGCCCACUCCAACUUUGCUCCUCCUCCACCUUAUAAGCAGAAACAACAGGUGACAUCUCAACCUGCUAAUGUAACCAAAUCACCUGCUCCACCAGCUGACAACAAAGCCAAGAUGGAGAAGCUGGACAGUUCCAUGCCGUUGGACGCUCUAAGCUCUUUGGGAGACACACUGGGUCCAGAACCACCAAAGAAACUACCUGAACUCAAACCUGGUGACAUAGUUGAUGAGAAAAAAAUUAAAUCAGAAAAGGGUGUGCGUGUUGGGGAGAGAGAGGACACACUCCCACCAGAUUACAGAUUCUCAGAGAAAGAGCUCCAAAAACUUCCCCCUGUUCCAAAAGAGCCCUCACUGGACACAGAUGAAGCACUGGACAUUCUCUCUGGAGGUUUCGUGGCUCCUGCUGUAGCACCUGUUGUAAAAGCCCCCGGUCCUCCUCAACAGGAAAAGAUGAAACCUACUGCAGUUCCUGAGAAGUCUAAAGAUGUUCCCAAGGAAAAGACAAAACCUUCUGGAUUUCCUGAGAAGUCUAAAGAUCUUCCCAAGCCUAUAAGCACAGAUGAUGCACUGGACUCGCUCUCGGUUGGGUUUGUGUCUUCAGCUCCGAGUGCUCCUAAGAAAACAGAGUUGAAACAACAGGUGACAUCUCAACCUGCUAAUGUAACCAAAUCACCUGCUCCACCAGCUGACAACAAAGCCAAGAUGGAGAAGCUGGACAGUUCCAUGCCGUUGGAUGCUCUAAGCUCUUUGGGAGACACACUGGGCGCUCCAGAACCAUCAAAGAAACUACCUGAACUCAAACCUGGUGACAUAGUUGAUGAGAAAAAAAUUAAAUCAGAAAAGGGUGUGCGUGUUGGGGAGAGAGAGGACACACUCCCACCAGAUUACAGAUUCUCAGAGAAAGAGCUCCAAAAACUCCCCCCUGCUCCAAAAGAGCCCUCACUGGACACAGAUGAAGCACUGGACAUUCUCUCUGGAGGUUUUGUGGCUCCCGCUGUAGCACCUGUUGUAAAAGCCCCCGGUCCUCCUCAACAGGAAAAGAUGAAACCUACUGCAGUUCCUGAGAAGUCUAAAGAUGUUCCCAAGGAAAAGACAAAACCUUCUGGAUUUCCUGAGAAGUCUAAAGAUCUUCCCAAGCCUAAAGUGGAGGAUAUAUCUGCAUUAGAUGCUCUGGCUGGUGAUUUUGUGGCUCCUGCUCAGACUGCUCAUAAGGUUUCUUCUGCUGUUCCCAAUAGAGUGCCUCCAGGACCCAAGCAAAAACCAGAGACAGAUGAGGAUGCUUUCAGCGCUUUGGGUGACACACUGGGUGCACCAGAACCACCAAAAAAAUUACCUGAACUGAAACCCAAGGAUAUUGUUAAUGAGAAGGAGGUGACAUCAGAGAAGGGUGUGCGUGUUGGGGAGAGAGAUGACACACUCCCACCAGCUUACAGAUUCUCAAAGGAAGACCUUGAAAAACAUCCUCCUCCUAAAACAGAGCCAUCCUUAGAUGUUACUGAAGCUUUGGACAUUCUGUCUGGCGAUUUUAAGGACACCCCUGCAGCAUCUGCUGCCAAGAUCUCUGUUUGUCCUUCCUCAAAGUCUCCAGCAAAGAAAUCAAUGGACGAUACAGCGGCUCUUGACCAUCUGACUAGUGAAUUCACUGAAGUUCCCACCGUGAAACCAUCUGCACCCAAAGCCCACCACUUUACUCCUGAGCCAGUCCCCCAAACCCACACGGCACCAGGUCCAGCUUUGGAUCAACUGGCGGAAAAAUUGAUUCCAAACUUGCUAGACACCAAACCUAAAGACAGCGAACCAAAGAAACCCUCAGUAGAAGAGUUGUUGGUCGUUGACAAGCUGUCUGGUCAGCUGAGCUCAGAUGUGGUGCCUUCAUCUUCCACAAAGGGUGGAAAAAGAUAGAUCCAUACAUGUUUUCGUUGGAUUACGUCUCAUCCCAAACACAAGACAUUUUCAACAAAGGGAGCUGCUCAAACAAGAAAUAUAUUUUAUGGUGGAUACGGAAUGAAAGAAUAUAUAUAACCGCACAGACACUUAAACAUGUUUUUGAAAAGUUUCUCCCCUCCAAGUAAAUUUCCAUUUUUUUCCUAAAGCCAAAGCAAAAAAUACAUAAAAAAGUAAUGAUCUUUUAUCUCCUUGUGACUGAUAAAACUGACUGAUGGUUGGUUGCAUCAAGAGGAAAUAUUGUUCUUUCAGCUCAAAGUAAUCUCUUUUCGGUGAGGGGUUGUGAUAUAAUUAUUCCCACAGUAAAAUGAAUAUGCUAUUUACUGGGGAGUCUCAACAGUCUAAUUCUAUUUAUAGAGUUAUCUGUUGUUGUUUGGGGAAUUUUAGAGACACUAGUGUACAGAGACUUCAUUGUUAAGAAUUCAUUCUCAGUUUACAGUACAGAGAUUCCUUUAAGGAAUUACAGUAGAUGACCUUGAUUAUGAUAUCUUUGAAUGCUGUUGUAUAUCAGUAUGACACUAAUUCAAAAGAACGUUUGUGUGGGAAUUGUUUUUUUUUGUGCAUUAUUACAAAAGGGUUAGUGUUGUUUCCUAAAGUGUACUUAAAAGGAUUCUCUCCAUCUGUUAAUAAAAUUACAAAAUUACAAAACACCUCGAGUCUAAGUUAAGGCCUUGUUCCAUUCGGGCAACUUCCUGUUGCACUGUUAACGUUUUAUCCACUUGAUUUCAGAAUUGUGUAGCUUAAAACUGAAGGCUUUAACACGUUUAUUUUCAAAACCACUAGCAAGUUCACAGUUGUUGCAUUAGAUGUGUUGGUUUUAGUCACAAUCUUUCAUUUUCACUUUAACUCAGAUGUGUUGGUUUAAGGGCAACCACAACACUACAGAUUUGUUUAAUCACAAAGGACAGACUCGGAGCUAGAACCUUUUAAUCCGACAGUGUAUGACAGAAAAGUUUCAUAAUUCUUAACAAUUCAAUGUUUUCUGUCUUGUUAGAUCUUCCAAAGAAUGUGUAUUAAUUGUGACAGGGUGGUUAUUUUCAAGAAGGGGUUUCUAUCCUCAGAAGAAAUAAAAAUAAUAACACAUAAGCCCAAUUAUGUUUGUUUUGAUGGUUUGUAAGAAUGUGUUUUUAAUGGUCACAUGCAAAUAAAGAUGCGGUUGAUGUUUUGGGGCUCAAAUAGGCUAUAUUAUUUUUGGGUGCAUGCUGUUUAUGGAGAAUUACAACAGUUUAUAAAAUACAUCUUUAAAUGUGAAUUCAGGCUAUAAUAAUUGGUUAGUCCAGCUUUCUUCAUCUUAAUUGGUUUACAGUUUGUGUUGUCACCACUUUGAGCAAGUUUGUAAUUUAACACCUUUAUAGAAGGGCAACAUUGUUUUUGAAAAGAUGUGCAUUACUGAUGUCACAAAGCAUAUUUUGAAAUAAAAGUAUGAAAUAAAAGAGAGUAUGUACCCCAGGUUUUCCCGUUUCCAUUUUUACUG